UUCGCCGUUUUUACAUUGGCUGCUUGCACAUUGGCAGCAGUCGCACUUGCUGAGCGGCGGCGGCGGCUACGGAGGCGGCGGAGGACAAAAGGGCGGCGGCUUCGGAGGCGGCCAAAGCGGCGGCUUCGGUGGUGGACAAAAAGGCGGUUUCGGAGGCGGACAAAGCGGCGGCUUCGGAGGUGGCGGAGCACAAAAGGGUGGCUUUGGAGGCGGCCAAAGCGGCGGCUUCGGAGGUGGCGGAGCACAAAAGGGCGGCUUCGGUGGCGGCCAAAGCGGCGGUUUUGGCGGACAAAAGGGCGGCCAAGGCGGCGGCUUCGGUGGCGGCGGCCAGCAGCAAUCGAAAGGCGGACGUGGUGGAGGUGGCGGCGGCGGCGGCGGCUACGGCAGUGGCGGCAGCAGUGGAGGACUUGGCGGCGGUCAAAAGGGCGGCUUCGGCGGCGGCGGCGGAAGCCAAAAGGGAGGAUUCGGAGGCCAGCAGAGCGGCGGUUACGGCGGCGGUCAAAGCGGCGGCUUCGGCGGAGGACAAAAGGGCGGCUUCGGCGGUGGCCAGCAGCAGGGCGGCGGAUU